CGUUAGGAUGCACUGUUUAUGUGAACUCGUUAGCGUUAGCCAACGAAUAAAAUUAACUAUUUUAUAUCUUAACCAAAUUAUAAAGGUGAAGUCUAAAAUGCAGUUAAAAUCAGAAUAUUAAAUAACUACGUUUUAAAUGUAGACAUUUUUAUGCUUAGGGCGGGAAUAUUAACUUUUGCUAAUGAACACUUAGCAACAUUAGCAUUAGCUAAAAGCUGGGUACCGUUAGUAGCUAUGGCUGAUGGAUGGUGCACCGACACCGGGGAAGCCGUGUACCGUUCCCGCGAUGCACUCAGCCAUUUAAAAAUAAGAGUCCGAAUUGAAAGAGUCACUUCAGCAGCAGCUCUCACCCGCCACUUACAACAACAACAACCCGGGCUGAGCCAAUCAGAUAGAGGCUCCCUCGAGCUUGACACCUUUAUCUCCCAAACACGAUCAGUUGGUGAUGAGGAGGAGCUGGUUGUUGGCUGGCAGGAGAAGUUUUUCAGUCAGUAUGAAGUGGACCUGUACCAGACCGAAUCAGUUUGCCAAACCCCACUGGAGAAACAAUAUCACACAGAAAUUGUGGAAAUGGAAAGAGCCAAGAGAAGACAAAAUCGGCGUAUUUUUACCUACACAGACUUCGAUCGCUUCACCAACUGGGAGGAGCAGGCUCAGAGUUUGCUGACUCCAGCCCCGAGCAGGCCAACCUUCCUAGCCGAGCGCAUGGCAAACGUCAGGCAUCGGCGCCAAGAGAGACGGCCAGCAGACGCCACCAUUCCUAAAGCUCGUUUGGUGGUAUGGGAGCCAUCCAGAGAGUUCAUGAAAAACAGCCAUACUGUCAACACAUCGAUGCAGACCAUGCACGUUAUGGCAGAUCUGGGUCCUGCUGGAAAACUGGGAUUAAAGGAGAACGAAUACCUGCUGUGCACCAUAAGGGCCGACAGCAAUGGAGUCAUCACAGUAAAACCUGACUUCAACAACAGACGAGGACCCUACAGGCUGGAGACAGAAGGAGGAAGGAGAGAAGUCUGGCGUCUCUUUAUAGAAAACGCCUCCCUGCCUAUCAGUUCAGAGGAGAAGCAGCGGGAGCAGCGCAUGUACAAAGAUCUCUACAGUCGGCAUAAAGAUUAUCUCAACAGCCUUGUCGGCCAGGACUUUGAGAUGCCACCUCCAGGAUUUCUUCGCCUGAUUGUUAAUGGGGAGAUAGUUUCUGCACAGGGCUACGAGUACGAUAACCUAUACGUUCACUUCAUCCUAGAGUUGCCAAACAACUGGUCCAGUGUGCCGUCCCAGAGCUUGUCCGGCGUAACACAGACGUGCCGGACACGGGCGGUGGGCAAGGACAACGUGGCUUUCUUCUCUUACCCCUUCAGCUUCGAGUCCUUCUUCAGAAAAGAAGACGAGACAGAAGAGUCGGUGCCGCAGUGGCCCGUGUUGUAUUUUAAAGUUCUCUCCUUGGACUACUGGCUGCGCUACAGAACAGAAGGAUAUGGAUACCUGGUCAUACCUUCAACACCAGGAUGUCAUAAGGUGACGUGCAGCACGUGGAGGCCCCUGCAGCCCGGAACAGCGGCCGAGCUGAGACGCUUCUUUAUCGGAGGAGCUCCGGAACUCGAGGACGUCAGCGAUGUCAGAAUACCCGGAACAUUCAAGGGGGAUCGACUGAGUCGGUUUGGCUUCCGCACCCAGACAACAGGGAGCGUCACCUUCAGCCUAAACUGCAUCCAGCACGCCCGAGCGUUUGUUGAUGCGAACACCCUGAAGAAGAGGCGACAGACCGUUUUGGACCAGCUGGGUGGCCACAGUCAGCAAGGAUCUGUUUAUAACGUGCUAGAAGCAUUCCAGAGGGCUCGUAAGCGGAUGCAGGAGGCCAGAGAGAAUCUACCAAGCGAUUUGAUCACAACCACUGGAGCACUGAACUCUGAGUCUUCAGCCUGAAGUACAUUAUCAAGGCCAGAAAUAUGUGGACACCCCUACUGAUUAUUGAGUUCCAGUGUUUCCGCCACACUCAGAAAAUGUAUUUUUUUGUAUGUUUUUAAUGUUGUGGUAACAGUCUGAGGAAGUUCCUCUCCUGCUCCAGUUCCCCUGGUUAAUAAAGGGAAGAUUUAAUGAGUUUGGUGAGGAGGAACUUCGGUGGUUUGCAUAAAGCACUGACCUCAGCACUACUGAACACUCUAGGAAGAAAUCAGGACAUCAUUUGUGGGUUGAACCUCAACUAAUAGGCACAAAUUCCUACAGACACUUCAAAAUGUUGUGGAAACGUUUGCCUCCUAGAAGGGGCAAACACUAUACUUAUGCACAUGGGUUCAUGGUUAUGUGUCCACAUACUUUUGACCAUGUAAUGUAUGUUACUUUCAUUUGUAUUUUCCCCCGUUUUCUACCAAUCUAGUCAUAUCCAAUUCCAAAGGCAUAUUUUCAGAUUUGGAUUCUGGCAGGUCACUUAGAUACAGUGUGUAUGUAUUUGAAUAAAAACUAUAUCUUUAUGUUA